UGGGCUGCGUAAUCUUGAUCCCCGUCAUCAUAUUAUCUGCAGACUGAAGCGGGUCAGAGCGGUGCAGAAAUUAGAGAAAAAUGGUGCUGUUUACGAUGAUCGCGCGGUUGGCUGAUGGCCUGCCGCUGGCUGCUUCCAUGCAAGAAGACGAACAGAUGGGUCGAGACAUGCAGCAGUAUCAGACUCAGGCCAAACAGCUGUUUCGGAAGCUGAAUGAACAAAGUCCAACACGCUGCACGCUGGAGGCCGGAUCCGUGACCUUUCAUUACCUGAUAGAGAAAGGGGUGUGUUACCUGGUGCUCUGCGAGGCCGUGUUCCCUAAGAAACUUGCCUUUGCGUACUUGGAAGAUCUCCAAGCUGAGUUCCACGAGCAGUACGGGAAGAAAGUUCCCACUGUAUCCCGACCGUACUCCUUCAUUGAGUUCGACACAUACAUCCAGAAAACGAAGAAGUCAUACAUCGACAGCAGAGCUCGCAGGAACCUGGGGAGCAUUAACACGGAGCUGCAGGACGUCCAGAGGAUCAUGGUGGCCAACAUCGAGGAGGUGCUGCAGCGAGGAGAGGCCUUAUCGGCUUUAGACUCGAAGGCCAGCAACCUGUCCAGCUUGUCCAAGAAAUACCGCAGCGACGCCAAAUACCUGAACACGCGCUCCACCUAUGCCAAGCUGGCCGCCGGCGGCGUCUUCUUCAUCAUGCUCAUCGUCUACGUCCGCUUCUGGUGGCUGUGAGGACGAGGACGAGGGAGGAGACGUGACGAAAGCAGCGGAGACAAGCCAACCGCCGUCACUCUCCCUUUCCUCAGAGACUGAUGAUUCCGGCACUUUCUCUCCCCUUGCAGUUCACAGACUGAGCUACGAUUCGUUGAUUUGUUCGUAUGUUGUGUGUUUUAUUAACUGACGCAGAAGGAAGAAUGAGUGACUGUGUGUGAGUGAGUGUCUGGAGACAGUGAUGUGAAUAAGAGCGAGGGCGAGAGAGCUUUUUCUGAGGAAAGAGCCCAAAGAGCGCCACCAAGUGGACAAUUUGCCUUAUUUCACUCUCCUGAAAGAGGUCAAUUCAUUUGUUAAUUCCCUCAUUCAUUCAUUCACUUGUUCACUCGUUCGCACUUGAUAUGGAGAGAUUGCAGGGGUUUUUUCGCAGGUUUACAGGCCGUGUGCUUGGCAGUGAAGUACACCGCUGUAAAAACCAACACAGGUUUUUAAAGAGGGAAAAAGACUCUGGUGUACGUUUACUGUUCAGUUGAUGAUAAAGUGGUUCAGUGUCUGAUGCCUGUAGUUUCAGUGUCUGUUCUAAUAAACGCCUGAAAGUUC